CAUAUCUAUAUAUUGUAAUCUUUAUCGAUUGGAAGAUAUACGAAUUAAUUGGAACAAUGUCAAAGCGUGGCGGUGCGAGCUAGUAGCCACAUUGGUUUAAUUUAUUAUUUAGUCAUAAUUGUAUAGUUCUUAGGACAAUGUGGUUGCUCCUCCUCCUGGUAUCGCCAUGUCUGGCUCAGCUCCAGCUCCACAGAGAGCCCCCCAUCCCCGACGGCGUCCCCAAGUCCAGCAGGAUGCCAACAGAGGGCCGGGUGCAGGUCCGGCUCAACCACUUCAUGGCAUACGAUACUAGGACCUUUGCUAUGAAAUACUACUACAACAAUGAAUUCGCGAAUGUUGAGAACCCCAACAUUGUGAUCUUCGUGGGCGGCGAGUGGCCGAUCAGUCCAGGGUUGGUGCAGACGGGGCUGGCGUACGACAUGGCACAGGAGAUGGGAGCCGGCCUCUUCUACACGGAGCACCGGUACUAUGGACAAACUCAUCCUCUCCCGGACUCGAGCCUGGAGAACCUCUCGUUCCUGAACAUCGACCAGGCGCUGGGCGACCUGGCGCAGUUCAUACAGCAUGUCAAGAGUGACGCGUUCGAAGAUGGACAUUACAGGAACGCGAGCGUGGCCCUGGUGGGCUGCUCGUACGCCGGCACCAUGGCUACUUGGAUGAGGAUGGCCUAUCCUCACCUGGUGAGCGCUGCCUUCUCCGACAGCGGACCUCUUGCAGGCUCAGGAGGAAUCCCAGAGUACCUGGAGGCGGUGGCGACAGCUCUAGCCGAGCAGGGAGGCCAGCAGUGCGUGAAUGCUAUUGCUGCAGGGGUGCAGGGAGUCAUGGAUCUGCUGGCCACGCCCGCCGGAGCGGCACAGGUCUCCGAGUUAUUCAAGACGUGUGCGCCCAUUAACGCAGCCUCUCCGCUAGAUGUCGCCACAUUCUUCAGUAGCAGCAUCAUCAAUUAUUUCGCUCUCUUGGUGCAGUACGCCACCGGAGAUCAAAUCCCGGACGCCUGCAACGAACUGCUUUCCAGCCCUGAACCUGAUGCUGUGAGGCGGCUGGCAGCGCUGGUGACAGGAGACAAUUGUGUGGAGUCUCGGUACACGGAGAUGAUAGCGCGGUACCGGAACACCAACUUAGGAACACCAGAUUCAACGAUGCGCCUCUGGAUCCACCAGACGUGUGUGGAGUACGGCUGGUACCAGACUACCAAGGGUUCCAAUCACCCGUUCUUGUCCACUUUACCAUUGGAGUUUUAUCACCAGCUCUGCAAGGAUGUCUUCUCCAGCGAUUUCGAUGAAGAAAGACUUCGGGCAGGAAUCGACCGCACAAACAUAUUCUUCGGCGGCUGGUCUCACAUGCCAGACCGCGUGGUGUCGGUGGCUGGGGGCCACGACCCCUGGUCUCCAAUGGGCCCCAACGAGACCCAUGCCCACCACAACUCUCCGGUCUACGUGAUACCAGACAUCUCUCAUUGCAGAGUCAUUGUGCCAUCACCCCUUGACAGUGCAGAGCUGGUGAGAGUAAGGAGGGCAGUAAUGGACCAUAUGUAUGAGUUCACUACUGGCGUCGCGCCAGUGACGGAGCCUCCAGCUCCUACAACUGAACCUACAACGGAAGCCACCACCGAGGUUCCUGGCAGUGCCACUGGGGUUGCUGCCAGCAGUCUCAUACUUCUCCUUACAAUACUUGCUUUAGUCUAGAGACCCUAUGUACCUAUAUCACGUCACCAGUUUUUCACACUGGCGUUGAAACUAUAGAGUGAAACCUUGUUCUUACACAUUAACUUAAGUCUUUAUGAGAGAAUUCUCCUUUUCUUCCCUUGGGAGUAGAUAGAAACUAAAAACCUUAGCUUUUGUCACAAUCAUCUAUCUGGUUAUUCGAGCAUGUUGGUUAAGAAAAGUGCCUCAUAUCAUUGAUUAUGCAGUUCUUUGGUAAUUAAUUAGACCGUUCCAUUCACUGCUGCACUGGACAUAGAAGUCUCUAGUAUCAGACUCUGAUUAUCACUUCUUUUAUACUAUACAGUCAUCUUGUAUUUUGUGUUCACUUAGCGCUUCUGUGUUUCUCUCGUUCUUCGUCCAAUAGGGAAUUAGCUAGAGUCACAUCAUUGGACGUUCAAUUUUUGGACGAAAAUACCUCUUACUCUAAAUAAGCGCUGUCUGGUGUCAAUUUUAUUUAUCUCGCUUGCUUAUGUCACUACCUACCUUGCUCCCUAUUUCUACAUAAAUACCAAGCAGAUUACCAGCAUAAAACAGUGUCUUGUAAAUACUAAACUAGCACUAUCUGCUGUUACUAAUUGUCUAAUGGGUGGUCAGUGUUGUGUUUGUAUAAAUAAAUGAUUUUCUUUCUA